AUGUUUCUAGUGAGUACGCCGGUUAUAUAUCUAAUAACAACAAAUUAUAUUUCUUCUCCAAUUAUAGUGAAGGCGGUGGAAAUAUUGAACGAAAGUAAUACAUCUCAACUACCUGAACAGAAAUGGCAGGGCAACUCAAAGGAGAUCCAAGAUUCGAGAUCUAUUCGACCACAGUGGUUACCGACUAAUCCAGACAGUGCAACAGUACCAGCAAGAAUAUUAGAAAGCCCCUUACAACAAAGUUACGAACAACAACCUAUAUUUAAAAGACCUUUACAACUUCUACAACCAAUUUCUAUUAAAAGCCCUGAUAUACCUGAAUCAACGAUCAUCACAGUGACAGAGCGACCAGCAUCCUUGGUAACUGUCUAUCAGCCAAGUGAAUCUUCUUCACCCUCGUCAAAUUCAGACAGUGAAAUAAUAUACUCGACAAAUAAAUACUACGAUACGCCCAAUCCCCCAAAUUUUGAACGUAUCGUAGAAAAAUACCCAAGACCACAGCUUCCCUCUGAGGCUUUAAAAGAUAAUUCUCCAACAAGAACAAAAGAAGAUGACGUAGUUAACAAUGUAACUGUUCCUUCAGAUUUACAAACAGAAACUUUAUCCUUAGGCUCUGCAGAAAUAUCUUCAUAUCGUAAUAUUGAUAAUGAAAAUCCUGAAAACCUUAUGAUGGUAUAUAAUGCCCAGACAAAUGACGUGAGUCCGCUUAAUGAAAUAACUGAUUUAAGUAACUAUAAAUGCCCAGGAGUUAACGGAUAUUUUGGAAUCUACAACGACUGUGAAUCAUUUAUAGAAUGUAAGGAUAAUUUAGCUGUUUUAUAUGAGUGUCCACCUGGGUAUCAAUUUAAUCGCGGUGCUCUGUAUCCAGAAUACCCUUGUGGUCUAGAAUCUGAAAUUAAAUGCAAAAUAGAAACUAAUCACAUAUCCACAACCGAGCAAUCAAGACCAUUACCGGUGAUAAUCAUCAAGGAAAUGUAUGACUAUCAGUGUCCCAGAAGUACAGGCUACUUUGUUCAUGAAAAUCAUUGUACAAACUACGUGCAAUGUAAAGAAAGUAUUGCUACACUAUAUUCUUGUCCGCCCGGAUAUCAGUACAAUCGUAUGGCAACGUACCCUGAGUACGCAUGUGGUCUAGAGUCAGAAAUACUUUGCAAAGAAGAAAUCAUUGUGAUACCCCCAACUGAGCCCCCAAGACCAUUACGACCAGCACCCAUCAUAAUAACUAAGGAACUCUAUAACUACCAAUGUCCAAGAAGUAAUGGUUAUUUAAGUUAUGAAAACGAUUGCGUAAAAUUUGUCGGUUGUCAGGAAAAACUCGCUAAACUCUACUCUUGUCCGCCUGGAUAUCGGUACAAUCGUAGAGCUGCAUGGCCAGAGUACCCAUGUGGUUUAGAGUCAGAAAUUCAAUGCGUCAUUGAUGCCAAAAUCAUAGUUCCGACGGAGCCACCGAGACCUGAGCCUAUGAUAAUAAUCAGGGAAAUGUAUGACUAUCAAUGUCCUAGAAGUACAGGAUACUUUGUUCAUGAAAAGCAUUGCGGAAACUACGUGGAAUGUAAAGAAAACAUUGCCACACUUUACUCCUGUCCGCCCGGAUAUCAGUACAAUCGUAUGGCUGCGUACCCUGAGUACGCAUGUGGUCCAGAGUCAGAAAUACUUUGCAAAGAAGAAGUUAUUGUAAUACCCCCAACUGAACCCCCAAGACCAUUACCUAUUGUAAUUAACAAGGAACUCUACACUUACCAGUGUUCAAGAAGUAACGGGUAUUUCAGUUAUCAAAACAACUGCGAGAGAUUUAUCAAGUGCGAGCAAAAUCUGGCGACCCUUUAUUCUUGUCCACCCGGAUAUCAACAUAAUCGUAAAGCCGCUUGGCCAGCCUAUCCAUGUGGUCUAGAAUCUGAAAUACGUUGUAAAUCAGAAACCAUAUUAACUCCUUCUAUUGACACAUUAGAACCGUCGCCUAUUAUCAUCAGCAAGGAACUCCAAAACUAUCGGUGCCCACGACACAACGGUUACUCUGUUUAUCAAGACGAUUGUGUGAAAUUUAUCGGAUGUCAGCAAAAUAUGUCGACACUUUAUUCCUGCCCAUCUGGAUAUCGAUACAAUCGUAAUGCUGCGUGGCCUGACUAUCCAUGUGGUGUAGAGUCUGAGAUACCUUGCAAUACUGUAAUCAUCCCUCCGAGACCCUCACCCAUCAUAAUUUCCAACCAACUAUUUGACUACCAGUGUCCAAGGCGCGAUGGAUACUUCAAUGUGCAAGACGUUUGUGAUAAGUUCAUCGAAUGCAAGCAAAGCAAUGCAAUACUUUAUUCAUGUCCUCGUGGAUAUCAAUACAAUCGUAAUGCCGCAUGGUCCGAUUACCCAUGUGGUCUAGAGUCUGAAAUUCGGUGCAGUGCUGUUGUGGUCCCACCCAGACCCCCACCUGUCAUAUUUAUCAAUCAACUAUUUGAUUACCAAUGUUCACACCGUGAUGGUUACUUCAAUGUCCAAACUGAUUGUGAGAAGUUUGUUGAAUGCAAGCAAAACAGGGCAAUGAUGUACAGAUGCCCGUCUGGGUAUCGUUUCAAUCCCAGAUCAAUACUGCCAGAGUAUCCCUGUGGCCCCGUAUCAGAAAUUCGUUGUGAAACCAACAACAUGAAAAAGCCUAUAAUACCUAUCGAAUGGAAUGGCAACUGCGAAGGAAUUUCUUACGGUAUCUUCCCGUACGACAAUGUGGAAUGUAGUAAAUACGUGAUAUGCGAACACGGUUUACCCACGAUAAUGCCAUGCCCGGAAGGUCUUGCGUUCAAUAUCGAAAAAGAAACUUGUGAUUGGCCUGUGAAUGUUCCAUCGUGCAAUCCACAGAUAUUCCAUGGAUUCACCUGCCCUGCGCCCAAAUUAGAUAAAAGUGAUGAACCGUCGGACUACGUUUCUAAAUUCAGAUAUGAACAAAAUUGCAGUAAAUACAUAGCAUGUCAACAAGGACACCCUCGUCUCCUAAGCUGCGACCAUGGUCUCCACUUCAGUGAUGAGACAGAAAGCUGCAUUGAACCCGACCUUGUACAUAAUUGCAGAACACAAUAA